AUGCCGUCUGUGGCACCACCUCGGCAAGAUCUAGCCCGCUUUAUACUCGUCCUUAUCCUCAUAUUCUUUCUUUGCACCUCCCCUGAUUCGUCACCCGGAGUCACAACUUCACAAAAUGAAAAGCUCGAUCGAAUAUCAAGAUCUAAAGCUUCUUUAAGUGUCCUCAACUCUACUCAAUGGCAGGAUUUCAGUCCAUAUGGCUCAAGAGCCGAGGCGGAUAAUGCAACCAAUUACUUGAACUUGACUGGCUUCCGAAAACAUGACGCAUACCGGGGAUGGCAUCGGUUAUCAGCCUGGAAAGAAAGAUGCGCGAAAUUCUCUCGUGAAGCAUAUGAUGUUACAGAGAAAGUAAAGCAACCAAGCAAGGCGCUAUACACCAACAUUACCGGAGUAGUGCAGGGAAAGUGGACACGGUCAGAACAUGACCUAGAAAGUCUCGACAGAUCUAUAUUUCCUGGCAUUAACUUGACAAACGUAGCGCCUAGUAUAAAUUGGGCAUUCGAGGAAGACGUGCUAUGGGCCAGGAAUAUCACUGGUAGAACUGGCAGGAUUAGGAUUCGAUUCGAAGAAAAAGAAGGUAGUGAGGUUGACGAUGGGUUUACCAAAACAGAUAAGUUCUCUACUGGGCCAAUAAGAGAGACUACGGCUACAAUCCUGAUACAGGAUGAAAGUAAUAGCGGUGAUGGCUGGGAAAUCCGGGCCCAUGGUGUCCAUUGGCCCCUAUCUGGGGCUCUAGUAUUGACCACUACGAGUGAAAAGUUUGCAGGAAUAUUUGGACUACCGCAUCUAACCUACGAUCCAAUACAGUACGCCAGCAGUCAAAAUUUUUUAAAUCAAGUUCUGGGGAAGGCUAUCGGGGAUAUUGAAAAGGUCUCUCAGGUCGGUUACAGUAGUCAGUGGUUUGCGAGCGUCGACACUAGGAGUGAAACUACCCUUCAAGUUCCCCAUUGUGAAUUUGUUAUUUUUGUCCAAGUACAUCCGUUUACGCUAGGAAAUGCCUACUCGUCAUUUCUUAAAAACCCGACUGUUAUCACCAGUGAUAUAGAGAAUGAGCUUCGCACCCCCAGCGGUGCUCCUACUCCAAUGAUACCAAAAUUAAAAGUUUCCACUGUUAUAUUAUCACCAGACUGUGGAUUCAUGUUAGAGUCAAAGGGACCUCCGGUCUUCGCUCUGGAAUCUGGCGACCAUCUUGUGGGGGAAAAGCAGGAGGUAAUCCUACGCCAUAUAAAGAGUUGGCUGAAUAUUUUCGCUCUAGUGAUAUUUGGGCAAAUAUUGCUCCUUCAGGCCCAAUCCAAAGAAACCUCGACCCCUUCAACAGUUGGGAGAGUUAGCCUAUAUUCAAUUUCAACGAUGCUCUUUGCAGAUGCUUCCAUAUUUGCAAGUCUUUCCCUUCUGAGUGGAACAUCACCGAAUCUCUUUCCGUCAGCUCUCUUAGUCUCAUUCAUGUCUUUAAUGGCAGUAAUGCUGGGGAUCAGGCUUCUUAAUGCAAUUUGGAAUUCCCAAGAACCAGAAAGGAGAAACCGUACGAGACAGACACAAACAGCUGCAACCACACCAUCUUCAUCUCAAAAUAUUGCAUCUCACCAAGAUAAUACAGGAUCAAGAGAGGCUACGACAAGUAACAUCCCUGCGCAACCUCCACAAGCUGAACUUAUAAUAAUACCAUCAGAUCAGGAUAUCGACGCCGAGAUAUUUGAGGACAGUUUAAACACCGGCUCUUCGCUUCCUACAAUCAACCCAAAUGUAAGCGUAACUCCAGUGCGGCAAACACAAGGCAUCUCGUUUGCCACAAUGUACAUUCGCUCUAUUCUUUUCUUGACAGUAAUACUGCUCGUUACACUGACCUCAACUUCCUGGCCAAUCUGGCUUCGAAAGAUAUACAUACAAGUACUGUCGUUAAUUUAUCUCUCGUUUCCUUCUUUCCAAAUUUAUCGUAAUAUUCAACGAAACUGUCGAAAGGCUUUACUCUGGAAGUUUGUAAUUGGCCAAUCUAUCUGCCGUCUAGCACCAUUUGCUUACUUCUACAUGAAAGAUGAUAACAUCUUCUUUGCGGAGAGGGACAGUAGAGUUUUUUACAUACUGGCAGGAUGGCUUUGGCUUCAGUGCUGGGUUCUUGCUGCCCAGAGUGUCUUGGGUCCGCGUUGGGGCCUUCCAAGAUCUUGGUAUGAUGAGGGUUGGAACUAUCAUCCCAUUCUUCGGGAAGACAACAUUGAAAUGGCACAUUUACCAAUUGGCCUUAUGAAGUCCAGGACCCCAACCUCUUCAGUCCAUCCGGCUGCACACUUCUCCCCAACUGAGCAAAGUGAUGUUAAAGGAAAGGAUGAUUACAUCAGAACUGUUGACUGUGCUAUUUGUAUGCAGGGUAUGGAAGUACUGGUUAUCGCGGCAGAUGAUACCACAACCAGUAAUGGUGUUUCUGCAAUGCUAGAAAGGAGACGCUAUAUGGUUACGCCGUGUAGACACAUUUUCCACAGUACUUGCCUAGAAGGAUGGAUGAGAUUCAGACUACAAUGCCCAAUUUGCAGAGAAAACUUACCUCAUCUAUAA